UUGACAGAUAAAGUGUUUGCUGGAGCAACUGCAGGAUACUUGUAACGAGUUAACUGACGAAAAUGAAAUCAAUAUCAUAAAACAGUAUGCUAUCUAUGCCAAACGUUACACGAUUGCGUUUACAUUGCUUGUUAUAUUUAUCGCAAUUAUUUUAAUUUUGUACCCAAUUUGGUCGCGCGUUUUUUACACCUUACUGUCUAUAAAUGAAACUCACGCACGUAUUUCGCCGCUGCUUGUGACAGAAUACUUUGUCGAUAAAAGAUAUUUCUACUUGAUAUUUUUCCAUACAAAUGCAGCCUUUUUUAUUGGGUUAAUUGCAAUGCUAGCGACAGGAACAAUGUUCAUAGUUUACUUACAACAUGCAUGUGGAAUGUUUCAAAUUACCUGUUAUCGUAUCGCACGUACAAUGACACUCGAAACUCUACGAAAAAACAGCUUGCAAACCGAAUAUUUGAUAUACAAGGGAUUAAUUUGUGCUGUGGAUAUGCAUCGCAAAGCUAUGAAAUUUUCUAACUCGACAAUAUCUAGAUUUAAAAUAAUAUUCGCCUUUUUGAUAAUAACCGGUGUAAUGUGCGGAAGUCUUAAUAUUUUUCUGAUUUUUCAGAUGACAUACUUUGAAUGUGAUAUUGAAGAACUUUCAUUACGAUUAAUAUUUAUGAUGUAUCUCUUGACUUACAUGUUUGUGGCCAACUAUAUUGGGCAAGAAAUUAUGGAUCAUAAUGAUAACGUUUUUGUCACCGUGUACAACGUUCAGUGGUACGCAGCUCCGUUGCUAAUACAAAAAAUGAUACUGUUCCUCUUGCAAAGAGGUACCAAGACGUUCACUAUGAAUAUUGCUGGAUUGUUUGUGGGGUCAUUAGAAGGUGCGGCUACGUUGUUGAGUACUGCAUUAUCGUUUUUUACCGUUCUUCAUUCUGUGCGGAAUUGACCAAAAAACAAAUCAACUAACAGUAAAAUAGUGAAGUAAUGUUACUAAUAGUAUAGUUUUACUAUUAAUAGUAAAAUGAGAAAACUAGUGCAACUUACAUGUCAUAAUCAUAAAAUCACCAAACUGACUAAUAAUUUAAAUAAAAUUGUUAGGAAUAAUAAAAUAUGGAAGUGUUUA